GCCCAAACAAAACGGACUCCUCAGAGGAAAUGAGUGAAGAAGUCGCUUCACAAGAUGGUCCACUUGAAAAGCUGGAUGCCCCAGACGAAGCAGGAGGUGGCCCUGCAGAUCUAAGCUCUGAGGACCACACAGUUUCCACACCAGAGCCUGGUGAACAGACUGAGGCUGAGCAGCCACCUGCGAGUGAGAUUAAAGAUGCAGAACAUGUUAUUUCUGAAAACAUUGAGGCAAAAGAAGGGAGCAGUGGAGAGGAAGAGAAGGAAAAGCAGAAGAGCAGAAUUCCAGAAGAUUUGUAUUAUGACUUUGAGGAGCUCUACUCCAGACCAUUCACUACAGAAGGCUCCAGCAUCCCUCAGAAUCUGCUGCAACUUUCGCAUUCAUUCGGAUACGACUGCAGGCGGAGGGCUAACCUGCAGCUGCUGGACGAGCACACGCUGGCCUUCGUGGCUGGAAAUGUGCUGGUCCUCCUGGACAUUCGCACCAAAGAGCAUCACUACAUCCGCAGCUGCAGUGGAGGCGGCAUAGGCACAAUUAUGCCUCAUCCCAGCAGGAGGUACGUUGCUGUGGCGGAGAAAGGCGAGCAGCCCAGUAUCAUUAUUUAUGAAUACCCUUCACUGCGCCCCUACAGGAUCCUCAGAGGUGGAACAGGUCGGGCGUACACUUUUGUGGAUUUCAACCGUGAGGGCACCCUGCUGGCCAGUGUUGGCAGCGCCCCUGACUACAUGCUGACCCUGUGGGACUGGAGGCAGGAACAAGUGAUGCUGCGCUGCAAAGCAUUUUCUCAGGACAUCUACAGAGUGACUUUCUCUCCAGAUAAUCCAGGACAGCUCACCACCUCCGGCUCCGGACACAUCAAGUUCUGGAAAAUGGCAAACACUUUCACUGGUCUGAAGCUGCAAGGCAUUCUAGGAAGGUUUGGAAAAACAGCUCUGACUGAUAUAGAGGGAUAUGUGGAGCUUCCUGAUGGAAAGGUGGUCUCCGGUUCGGAGUGGGGGAAUAUGCUUCUGUGGGAUGGAGGCUUGAUAAAAGUGGAGAUUUGUCGAAAAGAGGGACGGACUUGUCACAGUGGGGCCAUCCAGCAGUUUGCACUGGACGAGGGAGAGCUGAUGACCAUAGGUACUGAUGGAGCGGUCAGGUGCUGGGAUUUCGAGAGCAUUGAUGCAGCAGACAGUGUGGAUGACAGUGGGCUGUUUGAGAUUGAGCCCAUGAAUGAGAUGAUAAUUGGCCGCAGUGUGAGCCUGACCUCAAUGGUCAAGAGCACCAUCCCAGACACUACUAUCUGGUACGCACAGGAUUCUAAUGGAGGAAUCUGGAAACUGGACCUCUCCUUCUCCAAUAUUACGCAGGAUCCGGAAUGUCUUUUCUCAUUCCAUGCUGGAGCCAUUGAGGGCAUGGAUGUGUCUGGUAGCAGUCACUUGAUGGCCACCACUGCACUAGACCGUUCUGUCAGGAUUUUUGACUUCCUCUCAAAGAAAGAACUCACAGCCUGCCGCUACAAACAGGGGGGGACCUCCCUCACCUGGGCCCCCUGCAUGGUGAGCAGCAAUGAGGGUUUGGUGGUGGUGGGUUUUGAUGAUGGUGUUGUGCGUCUGUUGGAGUUGUUUAACCCUCACAGCCUCCGAGCGGUCGCUGGGCGCAGUCGCUCUGGAGAGGCUGAGCUCCGCCUCAAACAGGCCUUCAAACCUCACAAUGCACCUGUGACUGCCAUCUCCUAUGAGCGCAAAGGGGCCAUCAUGGCUACUGGGAGCGUGGACUGCACAGUGUUUUUCUUUGUGGUAGGGGAGCAAUAUGAGCCUGUAGGCUUUGUGACCGUCCCAGGACCAGUGCAGGUCCUCCAGUGGGCUCCUCAGUCACAUGAGAGAAACACACUGUUGGUGGCGUGUCAGACUGGCCAUGUAGUGGAAAUUGAGGCUCCUGGCCCAGAUGUUCAGAAUGAUGGCAGCACAUACCAACUCCAGAACCUUCCCAUCAGACACUUCUGCUUCAGCAGCAUCAAAUCACGCAUCAAGAGGGAUGCAGAGAUGGCGCGCAGGCAGGCUGUGAAGGAGAAGAAAAAGCAGGAGCGAGAGGAGAGAUUACGGAAAGUGAAGGAGCAGGGACGAGAGCCCACAGAAGAGGAGCUGCACGAGGGAGAGGACGGAGAGGAGGAGGAAGAGUUGCCGCCACUGUACAUCCCUAACCCCCCCAGUCCUCUGCACUGUGCCUUUUACUCACAACCUGGAGCCUUCUGGCUUUCUAUGGGGGGCUAUGACUCAGGUUAUCUGUAUCACUGUAAGUUUGCGGAGCAGCAGUCUGUGGAUGUUUUAGAGCGGAGAGAUGAGCCGUUCUCCUUUAUCCCUGUGCAGGACACCGAACACAACCCCAUCCUCACUAUCUGCUUUAGUGCGGAGAGGCAGCUGCUCCUGUGUGGGAUGCAGGACGGCAGUAUGCGAGCAUUUCUUCUGGAAGCAGGUGAGUUGCCCCCGGGCUCCAUGCGGGCAUACUGGGCCUUUAGUGUCCACGAUAAUCAGUAUGGCAGCAUCCGCCAGCUUCGCUUCAGCCAUGAUAGCAGCUUUGUUCUGAGUGGCGGAGCGGAUGGAAACAUCUUCAGCUUCAGGCUGCUGGAGAAGGAGGAGCUGCAGAAACACCAGGCAAAAAUACCCUCACCCCGCAUUGGUUUGGAGGCAGAGCCAGCAGCCCCAGAUAUAGAGGACCCUGCUGCGUACAGUAUCGAGACGGCUAAGCAGAAGCUAGAGCUGGAGCGCAUGCAGAGGGAGGCCGAGUUGCGGAAGCAGGAGAAGCGUAAGAAGCUGUCAGAGUUACAGAGUCGAUUCCAGACACUGUUGCAGCACAACCAGAGCCUCCCAGAACACGUCCGUCUGCAGCGCACGGAGUUGGAGUUGGACCACCGCUUCCGUGAGGAUGCAGAAAGAGUGGCAGCUGAGAGAGUGAGAGAAGUGAGGAGAGAGUUAGCCUGGGAGGAGGAGAGACACCGUAUCGGCCUCCAGAAGCUACAGGAGAGGUUUUGGAAUUCACUGAUGUGUGACACAGUGACAGUGACAGCAAUUGAGAGUGAUUAUAAAGUGUCCACCUACAGGCUACAGGUCCUGUCCAGUAAGUUUCAACAGAUGAAAGAACAUGAUCGGACUGUCCAGCAACCAAGCAGCGUUGAUCAGGAGCGCUGGCAGAGUAAAGGAGAACAGAAAGACCCUGGAAACAUCACAGCAGGGCAGGAGGGUCUAGCAGAGCCAGUUGUGCUGCAGCCGCGGGCGCCGCAAGCAGGGGGCAGUAAACUGGCAGGCAGACAGGCCGAGAAACUGCGCAAGGCAGCAGAGAAAGCAGAGAGAGCCCGCGCCAAGAUUGAGAAGAGAAAGAAGGAGUGGGCCGAGCUCUAUGCCGCGAAACCCAGUGAGGACUGUGAAGACCCUGAGGAUGUUCGUGCAAUCCGAUUGGCCACAGAGAACAUGGGUGACUUCAAACUGAAAACGGCCAAAGACUUCACAGUGCCUGAGCACCUGAGGAUGAAUGUGGAGAAGAAGAAAGCACAGCUGGUCAUCCUGGAGGAACAGAUCUAUCAGAGGAAGAGUGAGAUAAAUGAGCGUGUGCUGGCUCUGCGGGACUCGAAGGUGGCGCUUAUUUCCCUGCUCCGCUCUCUCCUGAGCAAGCUGCGGACCCUGCAGGAGCUGCUGCCCGUGGAGAAGCACCGCCCGCUACCUAGUGUGCCCACCGUGCUACCCGAGGAGACGCCCGAAAGGAAGCUGCGCUACAGCCGUGCCACCCUGCAUCGCUACGCCGCCCUGAGGGACCAAGUGGGCCGUCCCGCUCAGGAAGAAGAACAGGAGCAGACACAGGAUGUGCUGGAGCUUCUCCAACGAGAGAACAAAGAGGACACACACACACAGGAGGAACUCACACACUCACACGCCAACACACACACACAGGAGCAGCUCACUGAACUGGAGCUGGAGAUGAAGGACAUGGAGGAGAUCCGCAACCUUUACAUGCAGGACACACUGAUCAAACAGAUGGAGGAGGCAGUGUGGCGUUUUGAUGCUGAGUUGCGUUUGCUGCGGGACGAGAAGCUGCGGCUGGACGUCCAGAUGAAGCUGGCUGACCUGCGGCACGUCACAUUGUUUCAGGAGCUUCUCCUGCUUAAAGAGUUCGAGAAGAGAGAGAACACGCUGCAGGAGAGACUCAACACCCGCAUGCAGGAGGAGAGAGAGCUGAGGUUGAAACUUGAGGAGUGUAAGCAGCAGUUGGAGCUGAAGAAGAGAGACAUAGCCAAGCUGCAGGAGAGAGAGAAAGCUCUAACUGCUACCUUCCUCGCCUCGCUCGGGGAAAACAAUAAGCUUACAGACUUUCUCACCAGAGUUUUCAAGAAAAAGAUCAAACGAGUGAAGAAGAAAGAGAAGACUAGCACUGAGGAGCAACAGGAGGACAGUGAUCAGGAUUCUGAUGAAGAGUCGGACUGGAAUGAUGAUGAGGAUGAUGAAGAGUCGGAGAGUGGUAUUGGUGUGCUGGAUGACAGCGUGUGUCCGCCAAACUGUGAUCCGGAGCUGUUUGAGAACACAGUGAAGUUGCGUGAGCACCGUCUGGAUGUGGAGGAGCUGCUGCUGGAGGAGAAGAAGAGCGCAGAAAGCCUAAAGAAAGAGUGUGACUCUCUGCUCAAGAAAGAGAAGAUAGUGCAGAGCAGUCUGAAAGCAGCAGAGGGCAACCUGGAGCUCUUUAACAGAGAGAAGCAGCAGAAACUAAAUGAGCUGGAUGUGGUCGUCCCACUAAGACUGCACCAGAUUGAGUAUACGAUUGAUGACGUGGUCCCCUCUAAGCUGGGCAUGGCCUUGGUUCUGAAUACAGCAGCAGUGGGGCGCCUGCAGGAGCGCAUUAAGGAGCUGCAGCAAGAGAAGAGCCAGCAGAGGGAGCUCUACAGACAUGCCCGCCAGCAACAUGUACAGCUCAGCCACGAGCGCACAGACAUGGAAGCCAAGAUACAGGAGUUGGAGGCUCGCUGUGAGCAGAUGAUGAUGAUGAAGUUUGGUAAACUAGUGGACCUGGAGGCCCUGCAGACUCUGUCGGGCAGCAGGACGCUGGAGGAGAUGAGGCAGGAGAGCCGAGUUAGAGAGGCAGAGUACACACAGGAACUCAAACUCUGGCAGGACAAAGUGGCUGAUGCCAGGCUGGCAGUGACCGAAGUGACCAGAGACCACACUGAGCGCCUGCACAGACUCAACGGCCUACUGACCCAACAAAAACAACUGGAGGAUAAACUCAACACCAGACAGAGGAAGAUGGGUGCACAGUUCCAGGGUCGGCGGCAGGUUGAGGAAGAGGAGCAGCGACGGAUGCAGAAGCUGAUCCAGAGUCAGGUUGAGGAAAUUGAGUCACUGAGGCAGGAGAUCGGCGCCCUGUCCCGAAAAGGUGGAAACAUUCUCCCCCCAUCACAGCCCAGCCUACCUCCCAUCCCCACCAUGCCACUCGCCCACAUACAGCACCCACACACGCACUUCAGCAUGGGCUGGAGACACACCCCUAGCAGCAGCCAUGAGGUGGAGUAG